AUUUUCAGAUUGUUAUAGGACUAAAUCAGUUUAGGCAUCUAAAAUCAUUUUAGGCAAGAGACCAGUUUCCAGUGCUCUUAUAAGAAUAAAAAAUAAGAAGAAGAUACUAUUAUUACAAUGGCCAUAAUAUAUGUUGAUGUUUUUGAGGUCUAGUGAUGCCUGACUAAGCUGGCUGAAGUUUAAGGAAUUAUUUCUGGUGACGUACUUAGUUUUUGGCCGUUACGGUGCUUAUACACGGGGCGAGUAGUCGCGUCGAUUUGUCGAGUCGACUCCAAAUAUUUGUGAUGCUUAACGUCUUCGGAAGUGACUAGAUGGUGCAUUGCACCAAGAACACACGAGUGUGCCCCAUACCGCCUUGGCCGCUGUAGUGUGCACAACUGUUGCUCUCUCUCUUGCUUGUGCCAAGUGACUUAAGUGAUGUGAGUAUGUCUUGUUCAAACGGCUGCUCUAAGAAGAACGUGAAGUGGAGUCCGGACGAUAUUGAAUUGUUUUUGGAGACUUUCCAAAAGUAUGAAUUACUUUGGAAUGUACGUCAUAAGGACUAUUCCAACAAAACUAAGCGAGAGACUAGUCAUGGAAAACUAAAGGAAGACCUUAUUUGUCAAGGUUUGAUCGUUCCUGAUGUUACAUUUUUAAGGGCAAGAAUUAGAAACAUAAGAUCAACCUACAAAGUCGAAUUAACAAAGGUGAUCUCUUCAAAAUCAAGCGGAGCUGGGACGGACGUUUAUACGCCAAAGCUACUGUGGUUCAAAACGGCCGAUUCAUUUCUGAACGACGUAGUUGUCCCGCGAAAAUCUCAGUCUAAUCAGAAAUGCGGCUCUGAAGAAGCUGAUGUCCUAGAAGAUCAACAAGUCGAAGAUGACGAAUGUCUCGAUGAUGAUGAUGAUGAUGAUGAUGAUGAUGGCCUUCCGUUCAAUAUCAGUACAGAAAAUGAAGCAGAAACGUCAGUCCCAAAGCGCCAAUUUGCGACGCCAGCGGCAAAGAAGAGACGAAUCACAAAAUUUUCGAAGAGAGAACAAUCGGCAAGAGUUGAUAGGGCAAUCGACAAAUUACAAAAUAUUGUUUUGCGUGAACAGUCGUUUUCAAACCAAGCAUUGGAUCAAUACGAUGUAUUUACUCGACAUAUUAAUUUUCAAUUGAGGCAACUUCCUUUCAGGAGCUUCAUAAUGUUGCAAGAAAAGAUUCAGAGCCUCAUCACCAAAGAAAUGCUUGCAAACCUGUCACAGUCACCUGUCAUUGUAUCAACAUCAUCACUCGGAAGUACAUCAUCGCACCUGUCAAGUGAAGAGGAAUGCCCUAACAACUAGAAUUCCGAUGUCUUGAGAAUUAAUGAAAGCAUUAACUUUCAGUAGCUUUUCAAGAAUUAAUCAUUGAAUUGAGCUUUUUAGUUAAAGGAAUCGUCCCGUUUGUAUGAAAUUUUGUCUAAAAAAAUAAUAUAAGACAAAAAUUAUUUUUUUUUAAAUAGUAUCUCUCCUUUACCUCAAUGUAAUCAUUUCGUACAGGAUUAUUUGGAGUAUGUUAUAAAUAAAUACAAUCCAUUUGCUUAUAGAUAACAUUGUCGUCGGCGACAGGCCUAUCCAGGCCUAAUCUUCAAUGCCGAAGAUACUAUACUAUUGUAACAGUGAAUCCUUAAUCUUAGAACAUAAUUAUCACAUCAAUUCUUGUCAUUCUUGGAGCUCAUUAUGUCAUUCUUUAUGAUUGUAUACUUAUUCAUUCGUAACCCUUUGAUACAAUUAUAAUUUUAAAGGCGA